CAGCCGCGCCGAGCACGGCCCAUGGCCUCCCCACGCCUCGGGACUUUCUGCUGCCCCACGCGGGACGCCGCCACCCAGCUGGUGCUGAGCUUCCAGCCGCGGGCGUUCCACGCGCUGUGCCUGGGCAGCGGCGCCUGCAGUCUGGCGCUCGGCCUCCUGCAGCUGCUGCCCCGGCGCCGGCCCGCGGGCCUCGGGGCCCCCUCCCCAGCCUCGCCGGCCUCGGCGCGGUCCCCGGCCUCCGUCCGCAUCCUGCGCGCCAUUGCCGCCUGCGACCUGCUCGGCUGCCUGGGUAUUGUGUUCCGGUCUGCGGUGUGGUUGGGAUUCCCAGAUUUCGUUGAAAACCGCUCUGACAGGAAUGGGACGGACGUCUGGCCGGCUGUGUACUGUGUGGGGAGCGCGAUGUGGGUCCAGCUGCUGUAUAGUGCCUGCUUCUGGUGGCUGUUCUGCUAUGCGGUCGACGCCUACCUCGUGAUCCGGAGAUCGGCCGGACACAGCACGAUGCUGCUCUACCGCCUCGCUGCCUGGGGCCUGGCCGCCCUGCUGUGCGUGGAGGGUGCCGUCCUGCUCUACUCCCCAUCUGUGUCCAGGUGUGAGCGAGACCUGGAGCACGCCGUCCCCCACUACGUCACCACGUACUUGCCGCUGCUACUGGUCUUCGUGGCCAACCCCAUCCUGUUCCGGAGGACGGUGACUGCGGUGGCCUCUCUCCUAAAAGGAAGACAGGGCAUUUACACAGAGAACGAGCGGCGGAUGGGUGCCAUGAUCAAGAUCCGGUUUUUCAAAAUAAUGCUGGUUUUCAUCAUUUGUUGGCUGCCGAACGUCAUCAAUGAGAUCCUUCUCUUCUAUCUCGAAAUGCAAGCAGACAUCAAUGGCAGCUCUUUGAAACCUGUCAGAAAUGCGGCCAAGACCACGUGGUUUAUUAUGGGGAUACUGAAUCCGGCCCAAGGGUUCCUCUUGUCCUUGGCCUUCUACGGCUGGACGGGCUGCAGCCUGGAGUUUCGGUCCCCCAGGAAAGAGAUCCAGUGGGAGUCGGUGGCGACGUCCGCUUGCGAGCGGACCUGCCUGUCCCCCGAGGGCUCCCGCGUGCCCUGUGAGCGUCCGACCUGCAGGAAGGUGGCGGGGGUCGGCGGGCACACGUCGGACGAGGCGCUGAGCAUGCUGUCUGAAGGUUCUGAGGCCAGCACCGUUGACACCCCCGUCGCCCGGGAGCCGCGCCGCGGAAGGGGGGUUGACUGCGUUCCCCCGCCCCCGGGAGACCUAGCCGUGUUCUGCCCCCGAUCUGCCGCCCGCACCGGCCGGGCUUUGCUCCCGAGGACGCUCUCUGCCGACAGGAUCCGCGAGCAGGGCCGGGAGCGGAGGGCGCGGCUAAUGCGGACGCGCGAGGCCCUUGGCUUCUCCGAGGCGGCGGCCGGCCGCGGGCGCGCAGAUCCGGGCCCCCGGAACUCGAGCGAAUAA